UAUUUAUUCAAACAAGCUGGACACCGCGAAAGGGCGACAAAAGCGCGCGAAAAUUGUGAAGCGGGCCUUGACUUCAAGAACCAUCGAAAACUCUUGGCGCCAAAAUUCAAAUCCCAAAAAAAGGGCGCCAAGCUUGCUUCGCAAGCUACCUUCGCCGAUAAUCCCCAAAUCUAUUUAAACCCUAACAACCAUUCUCCUCAUCUCCACCGCCUUCUCUCCUUCUCCCAUUUUGCCCAUCACCUGUUCGACGAAAUCCCCCACCGAGAACGAUGUACGUGGUGAAGCGCGAUGGGCGGCAGGAAUCGGUCCAUUUCGACAAGAUCACUGCUCGGUUGAAGAAGCUUAGCUAUGGGCUCAGCCAGGAGCAUUGCGAUCCGGUGCUUGUUGCGCAGAAGGUGUGCGCCGGGGUGUACAAGGGUGUGACGACUUCGCAGCUUGAUGAACUCGCUGCUGAGACUGCCGCUGCUAUGACUGCUAACCAUCCUGAUUAUGCUUCGCUUGCUGCGAGGAUUGCUGUGUCUAAUUUGCAUAAGAAUACAAAGAAAUCUUUCUCUGAGACGAUCAAGGACAUGUAUAACCAUGUUAAUGAGAGAUCUGGGCUAAAGGCUCCGUUGGUUGCCGAUGAUGUGUAUGAGAUAAUCAUGAAGAAUGCGGUUCAAUUGGACAGUGAGAUUAUCUAUGAUAGAGACUUUGACUAUGAUUAUUUUGGUUUCAAAACUCUUGAAAGGUCAUAUCUCUUGAAAGUUUCUGGAAAGGUUGUGGAAAGACCGCAGCAUAUGCUGAUGAGAGUUGCUGUUGGAAUUCAUAAGGAUGAUAUUGAUUCUGUUAUCCAAACAUAUCAUAUGAUGUCUCAGCGUUGGUUUACUCAUGCCUCCCCUACUUUAUUCAAUGCCGGCACCCCGCGGCCUCAGUUGAGUAGCUGCUUCUUAGUGUGCAUGAAGGAUGACAGCAUAGAAGGAAUAUACGAUACUCUCAAGGAGUGUGCUGUUAUAAGCAAAUCUGCUGGAGGGAUUGGUGUUUCAGUCCAUAACAUACGUGCAACUGGUAGUUACAUUCGUGGGACUAAUGGAACUUCCAAUGGUAUAGUUCCUAUGCUGCGUGUGUUUAAUGAUACUGCUCGUUAUGUUGACCAAGGAGGCGGCAAGAGAAAGGGAGCUUUUGCUGUAUAUUUGGAACCCUGGCAUGCUGAUAUUUUUGAGUUCCUUGAUCUUAGGAAGAAUCAUGGAAAGGAAGAGCACAGGGCAAGGGAUUUGUUUUAUGCCCUAUGGAUUCCUGAUCUGUUCAUGGAGAGGGCCAAUAGUAAUGGGCAAUGGUCAUUGUUUUGCCCAAAUGAAGCUCCAGGAUUGUCUGAUUGCUGGGGCGAUGAAUUUGUAAACCUUUACCUGAAGUAUGAAAAGGAGGGCAAAGCCAAAAAAGUAGUUUCCGCACAUACCCUCUGGUAUGCAAUUUUAGCAUCUCAAAUUGAAACAGGAACACCUUAUAUGCUUUACAAGGAUACUUGCAAUAGGAAAAGUAAUCAACAGAAUCUGGGUACUAUCAAAUCUUCAAAUUUGUGUACGGAGAUAAUUGAGUUUACAAGUCCCACUGAAACUGCUGUCUGUAAUUUGGCAUCCAUUGCUUUACCAAGAUUUGUCCGGGAGCAGGGUGUUCCGAUAGAGGCACAUCCAUCUAAGCUGGUUGGCAGUAGUGGAUCUAAGACUAGAUAUUUUGAUUUUGAGAAGCUAGCAGAGAUCACUGCCAUAGUAACAGUGAACCUUAACAAAAUAAUUGAUGUCAACUAUUACCCUGUUGAAACUGCAAAGAAUUCGAACCUACGCCAUAGGCCAAUUGGCAUAGGUGUUCAGGGUUUGGCAGAUGCUUUCAUCUUACUUGGCAUGCCUUUUGAUUCACCGGAGGCUCAGCAACUAAACAAGGAAAUAUUUGAAACUAUAUAUUAUCAUGCCCUGAAGGCUUCAUCAGAACUUGCUGCAAAAGAGGGUCCCUAUGAAACUUAUCAAGGGAGCCCUGUCAGCAAGGGAAUUUUUCAGCAUGAUAUGUGGAAUGUAACUCCAUCUGACCGAUGGGACUGGUCUGCAUUAAGAGAACAUAUCUCUAAGAAUGGAGUAAGAAACUCCCUUCUAGUUGCUCCAAUGCCUACUGCUUCAACCAGUCAAAUUCUUGGCAACAAUGAAUGUUUUGAGCCAUAUACUUCCAAUAUCUACAGCCGCAGGGUCUUAAGCGGAGAAUUUGUAGUUGUGAAUAAACAUCUCCUUCACGAUCUGACAGAAAUGGGCAUUUGGUCCCCAGUUCUUAAAAACCAAAUCAUCUAUGAGAAUGGAUCUGUCCUUAAAAUUCCAGAAAUUCCAGAUAACUUGAAAGCUAUAUACAAAACUGUCUGGGAAAUCAAGCAAAAAACACUAGUUAACAUGGCCAUUGACAGAGGUUGCUAUAUAGAUCAGAGCCAAAGCCUGAACAUUCACAUGGAGCAACCCAAUUUUCCAAAGUUAACUUCCCUGCAUUUCCAUGCUUGGACAAACGGCCUAAAAACCGGGAUGUAUUACUUACGAACUCGUGCUGCUGCCGAUGCAAUUAAGUUCACAGUGGAUACCUCCAUCAUUGAGAAUAACAAGCCGGUGGAAGAUACUGAUGAUGAAGCAGCCAAAAUGGCCAAGAUUGUUUGCUCUCUGAACAACAGAGAGGAAUGUGUUGCAUGUGGUAGUUAAAAACUUCAGGCCUGCAAGCCCUUCACAUGUAUGUUUGGAAUUCAGACUUGAAACAGGGAUGAUGUACCCGUCUUAUAGUACCUACUUUACUUUGGUUGGUUGUGUAUUGUGUAUAGUUUUUUAACUGCUUUGUUUCUUUUUUCUAUUUUCUUUUUAAAAAAAAAACUGUUAAUGUCAGGGUUAAGUUUCUC